AUGAUGUCGAUCUUAAGAAUCGGGACCAUGUUUUCUGCAAUAUUGCCACCAAAUCUAUCUUCGUCUUCAAGUUUUCUUCAACUGGAUUCACACACAUUUGGAAUCGUCAAGCUUCCUUUCGCAGUGCUUGAUUUUGUUUUAAGGGAGGAUUCUUUCUUUCAAGAUUCUUCUGGGGUUAAAAGUGAUUUCUCGGGAAUUUCUGUUUUGAUACGAGUUAGAGAGGAUAUAGAGAGACAGAGAGAGAAAAUGAAACGAUUGGUUUCAUUUCAACUUAUAUGUGUUUGUUUGGGACUGUUUCUUGCUACUAGUGAUGCUGUUCUACCAACAGAAGUUCAUGCUCUGACAGUGUUCAAAGAAGCUAUAUUUGAUGACCCGUUAUUGGUUUUGUCAAACUGGAAUGGCUUAGAUUCAGAUCCUUGUAAUUGGGUUGGUGUUUACUGUUCUGAUGAUCAUGUUAGAAAAGUAAACAUUUCUGGGUUUUCCAUAAAGGGAUUCAUAGCCGAAGAGCUGUUUCAGCUCUCAUUCUUGCACGAACUGAUAUUACAUGGCAACAAUCUCAUCGGUUCCAUACCCAAAGAAAUUGGAACGCUGAAGCACUUGAAAGUCUUAGAUUUGGGGAUGAACCAGCUAUCUGGACCGAUCCCAAAUCAAAUCGGCGAUCUUCUUAGCGUUAUCAAAAUAAACUUACAAUCCAACGCACUGACUGGAAAAAUGCCUUUGGAGCUUGGUAAUCUUAAGUACCUUCAAGAGCUUCGAUUGGACAGAAAUAAACUGGAAGGAACUGUUCCUGGUGCUAGUUCUACAGAUUUUGCUUCAACCAUGAGAGGAAUGUAUGCUUCAAAUACAAACGCCCUAGGAUUCUGUCGAGCAACUCCUUUAAAAAUUGCGGAUUUCUCAUACAACUACCUUGUUGGAAGCGUUCCUAAAUGCUUGGAAUAUCUUCCAAAGGCCAGCUUUCAGGGGAACUGCAUAAAGUAUAAAGGCAUCACAACACGGGCUCCUGAACAAUGCGGUUUUACUUCAACAGCUAGCCCCCGUAAGCCAGAAGGCAUGAAACAUGGUCCUGAAGUUGACCACAAACACAAACACAAACACAAACCUCAUCCUUCAAAACUCACGUGGCUUUUGGCUCUUGAAGUAGUGACUGGAGUGAUAGCGGGGUUGAUCUUCCUUGUAGCCCUUCUCAUGGCUCUUCACAGGUGUAAAGAGAAACCAUUGAGCAUCAUUCCAUGGAAGAAACCUGGAACUGACAAAGACUGUAUGACAAUCAUUGUUGAUACUGAUAUGCUAAAGGAUGUUAGGAGAUAUAGUCGACACGAACUUGAAUUUGCUUGUGAAGAUUUUAGCAACAUUAUUGGGUCCUCAUCGGAUAGUAUAGUUUACAAAGGAACCAUGAAAGGUGGACCUGAAAUCGCAGUUAUAUCCCUUUCUAAUCAGGAAGAAAACUGGACCAGCUACCUUGAGCUUUAUUUUCAGAAAGAGGUGGCAGAUUUGGCAAGGCUAAAUCACCAACACAUCGGGAAACUGCUGGGGUAUUGUAUUGAAGGUAACCCGUUUACGAGAAUGUUAGUCUUUGAAUACGCGUCAAACGGAACAUUGUCUGAACACCUCCACUACGAACACGGGUGUCAACUAAGUUGGACACGAAGAAUGACGAUUGUUAUAGGAAUCGCGAAAGGUCUAAAGUAUCUUCACACGGAAAUUGAUCCUCCAUUUACUAUAUCGGAGUUGAACUCUAGCGCAGUAUAUCUCACUGAUGAUUUUUCACCAAAGCUAGUAGAUUUUGAGAGUUGGAAAACGAUUCUUACAAGAUCAGAGAACAACUCUCGUCCUAUCAGCAGUGAAGGGGCUAUGUGUGUUCAACCGUGUUCAUUAGAAGCACGCCAUUUGGAUAUCCAGGGUAACAUCUUUGCAUUCGGUGUUCUUCUGUUGGAAAUCAUUAGCGGACGCCCUCCAAUCUCAAAAGACAAGGGGUUUCUAGUAGACUGGGCCAAAGAUUAUCUUGAAGAUCCAGAGAAGAUGGCAUCAGUUGUGGAUCCUGCAUUGAAGCAUCUUAGAGAGGAAGAUCUUGAAGCGAUACGUGAGGUGGUGACUAUUUGCAUUCAUGUAAGGCCUAGAGAUAAAGUAACAAUGCAAGAAGUGUGUGCGAUGUUGGAAAGGAAACUUGACAUAUCGGGUUCAUCAGAGCUCAUGGCAUCAUCGUUAGCCUGGGCUGAGCUUGCACUUUCGUCUUGACCCGACUCCUAUAAAACCUAACAUACUGUAAAUCCUAGUACUAUCAUCAUAUAUACCAACCAUCUUAUUAGCAUUGGAUUAAAGCUUCUUGAUUUCUUCAUCUUUUGAUGAGGAGUUGUAAAUUUUGGCUUCAUAAAUAAGCACAAGGUGAAUUUCAUAAUGGCGAAAUAUUUUUUUGUAACCAAUUUAGGGUUUUUGAUUUGGAA